GUGUUGAAAGGAGAACCUGACAGGUUUCCUGAGGUGUUCGCGAAAAAAUAAAGCACUCAGGCUGCUAAAAAAACACUAGUAGUAGGUUUAAAACAAACGCAGAGAAAACACUGACACAAAAGACGAAGACAUGGGCGGGGAAUCUUAAAAACACCCGCCUUCGUGCUGUCAUGAGCGGAAAGCAGAGCAGUUACCGGGGGGUUAGAGAGGGAAACUUCUGAGGUGAGGACGGUCCUGAGAACCGGAUGGAAACCGAACCGCUGUUAUCGGAAAGCAGAAAGCGGGAUUCGGUAGAGUCCAGCUCUCGACAUGACUCCCAAUCUGACUCCCAGUCGGAUUCGAAAGGGACGAGUCGACUCCUUUAUUCAUCCAGCAGGGAUUUGGUCCAUGUUGAAGAACGUGAUGAAGACCUGUGCAUCCAGCAAGCAGUUGUAUUUAUUGAAGAUGCCAUUGAGUAUCGGUCCAUCAAUCACAAGGUUGACUCGAGAUCUUUGAGCUUGUACCGAUGGUACUACUCCAGGAUAUGUCAGUGGGGUCUUGGUUUUAUCAUUGCUGUGAUUCUUGCGCUGGCCUUUGUGGAGAAACCUUCCUCGAUCACAUACACAUCAGACCCUCGCUUCAGGCCUGAGCCCUGGGAGCCACCAUGUGGCUUCCCGGAGGCCGUAGAGAUGGUCUGCCUCUGCAUCUUCAUCGUGGAUGUGAUGGUCAAGAGUUAUCUGAUUGGAUGGGAGGAGUUCUGUACGAAUAAAUGGCUGAUUGGCUACGUGCUGGUUAUAGUGGUAUCGGUCAUCGACUGCAUAGUCUCCUUUGCCAUGCUGUGUGAUUCGAAUAAUCAGAUGCCCGUGCGAGUCAGGAGACUGAUCCGGCCAUUUUUCCUCUUGCAAAAUUCCUCCUUAAUGAAGAAAACUCUAAAAUGUAUAAAACGGACACUUCCAGAAAUAGCAAGUGUGAUCCUGCUUCUGGCUUUGCACCUGUGCUUAUUCACCAUGAUUGGUAUGCUGAUCUUCACCAAAUCUGAGGACUCUUCAAAGAAUGGAGAAUGGGAGGCUUACUUCAAGAACCUGCCUAAAGCUUUGUCUUCUCUGCUUGUGCUGCUGACGACUGCUAAUAACCCAGACGUGAUGGUUUAUGCAUACUCGCUGAAUCGGGGAUAUGCCAUCUUUUUUAUACUUUUCAGCGUAUGUGGAACCUAUAUCUUGAUGAAUUUGCUCACUGCUAUUAUCUACAACCAGUUCCGAGGUUAUUUGCUGAUGUCUGUGAAAGCCUCCAUUUUAAGAAGGCGUCUGGGGAUCAGAGCUGCAUUUAGGGUGCUGUGCUGUCCGGGUCUAAACCACGAAGAUAGUUCUGAUGAUCAUGUAAAGAUGGUUCGAGUGGAUACAGUGCUGCAUGUCAUGAGAAGAGUGCAGAUGAAAUCAUACUACAGACAAGCUGUUAUUAAAGCUGCUCAGAGUCCAGAAUUCCCUGAUGGCUUUAUGGAUGGUGAAGCAUUUGAGAGGCUGUUUGAUGAAUUAGAUAAGGAACAUAUCAAAGAGCACCCACCGAACCCAGAGUACAGCUCCUCGUUCCUACAGUUGAUCCAAAACUUGUGUAGUCAUUACUACUUCACUGUGGUGGGAAACGUUGUAGCCCUCGCCAACGUCAUCUGCAUCUGUACCAUCUUGGUGCUGGAUUCAGAAAAGAAUGUAAAUGAAAGGAAUGAUUACUACAUGGAGGUCAUUAAUUGGGCUUUUAUCAUCUACUACUUAAUAGAGAUGAUACUGAAGAUGAUCGCCUUUGGGUGGAGGGGUUACCGCUCUCACAGAAAUAACAUUGUUGAUGGGAUCUUCACCAUCCUUCUCCUGGUCCUCCAGGUUUCUAUUUUUGUCAUGUUCAGGAUUAUGGAUCCUAAAGUGAUACUGAGUCAGCAUGGAAACGUACGUCUGUGGGAAAUGGUGCGACUGGUGAACAUGCUAAUCGUCUUUCGUUUCCUCAGAAUCAUUCCAGAAAUCAAGUUGAUGGCUCUGGUGGCUAGCACUCUUGUGGACCUUGUGAAAAACUUGCGGGCUUUUGCUGGGAUUCUGCUGGUGGUGUACUAUGUGUAUGCUGUCAUUGGUAUCUGGCUUUUCCAUGGAGCUAUUAGUCCUCCACUCACAAGUGUGGCGAACUCGAGUAGUGAGAACAGUACAUCCAAUUUCACCAUGGAGUGUGGCUCCUAUGAACAGCUGGAAUAUUGGCCAAACAACUUUGAUGACUUUGCUUCAUCUCUAGUUCUGCUGUAUGAUGUGAUGGUGGUGAAUAACUGGCAGGUCUUUAUGGACGUUUAUACGAGAUACAGCAAUGAGUGGUCAAAGGUGUACUUUGUAUCCUGGUGGUUCACCUCAUCUGUCAUGUGGGUCAAUCUGUUUGUGGCACUCAUUUUGGAGAACUUUACUUACAAAUGGGACAAAAGUCAUGCACUCAGUGUAUCGGAUGUGGAGAGAACAAGCUAUGAGACCACAGUACAGGUGAUAUUCAGACCUCACAUCCAAGAACCGAGUCUGGAGGACAUAGAGAACCAACUGCAGUGUCUUCCACAUCUCCAUCUCCCUCGAUGGUCCCUGGAAUCACACAGCACUUAACCACAGUGCCAAACACACCUGCUCUCCACCACAAUCCUGACUGGAGUGUGGAGGGCUCGUGGGACAGACUGCCAUGGUCGUGAAGUGGGGUUAGUGCAGAAGACCCUGCCAAUGUGCUGCUCAGUUUUCUGUUGAACACGUGUUCGUGACAUGGCACAGUUUUAAAACACCAGAAUCCUAUUAUUAUAUUUUUAAAUGUAUUUAUUUUUUUAAAAGUUUAAUACUAGAGCAUUCCUAUCUCGGUUAUAAAAGGGAAAUCUUUAAACUUUUUUUGUUUUGAAAGGAAUGCUUUAACACGGUGAUGAACUUCAAGAUCCUAAGAAUCAUGAGCAAGGUGAAACCAUCCAGCCUGGUCUGAGUUUCUAAAUAAGGAAACAAAUGAAAUUACUUGCAUAUGUAGCUAUUCAAGCCCGUUGAACCGUUCUACAUUUUGUAGUGUUAUAACCUGGAACCGAAAUGGGAUUAUAUGUCAUGAGUCCACACAAACUGUAAUAUAUCCGUGGGGGUAGGUCAAUAAAGAUUACAGAGAUGGCAAGUCAUGACCUUGUAAUCCCAAUUAAAACAAUUCCAGUUCCAGUUUGUAGAAAUGUACUGUGGGGGUGAAGACUUAUGCAAGGCACUGUACAUUGUCUGAAGUGUCAUUUGUGAAUGAAACCUUUUUAAUAUGCUCCACUACUUCUUACUCACUCAACCAGUCUUCUAGGAGCACUGUUGAGCUCAAACACAGGCAGCAGAUGUCUGUGGCAUGGAAAUGGUGCGCUGAAGUGACCCUGAAACUGGGCCAGAAGGUCUUUCAUGCAACCAGACUGUGUUUUAAAGCUGAGGUGGGAACGUGAAGAUCUCAACAGUGGUGCUGCUGAAAUGCAGAAUUUAUUGAGGUGCUUUUCACCUUGAGCAUUCAGUGCAUUUAAUACUCAACAUUACAGCCUUGAACAAUGGAUGUCUUUUGGUUUAAACUCAAACAUCUCUACAAAUGAAGCAUAUGGUAUUAAUCACUGUACAAGGCAUAUAUACCUGUUAACACUUCCUCAGGUGAUGAUCAAGUCAAUAAAUGGUUUUGUUCUGGAAA